ACCUCAGUGUCUUAUCCCAUGCGAGGAUCCCUUGUAAUCGCUUAGGCAAUCGGCUGCAGUCACCACAUUACCAAGAUGCCGCGGUCAUUCCUAGUCAAGAAACACUUCUCUGCCAGCAAGAAGCCAAACUACAGCGAGCUGGAAAGUCAAACAGUGUACAUCUCACCGUUUUUGUAUGACAAAUACCCGAUCCCAAUGAUACCCCAGCCAGAGAUUUUGACAACUGGGGCUUAUUACCCACCGCUUGUAUGGGACACUGGCUUGUUAACUUCAUUCUUCACCACUGAGCCUGACUACAAACAAUCUCCACUCUCACCUCCCUCCAGUGAAGACUCCAAACCCUUAGAUCUCACUUCGUUUUCCAGUGAGGAUGAUGAGGGGAAAACCUCAGAUCCCCCCAGCCCAGCUUCUUCAGCCACAGAAGCUGAAAAGUUUCAGUGCAAUCAGUGCAGCAAGUCUUACUCCACAUUUGCAGGACUCUCCAAACACAAGCAGCUGCACUGUGACUCCCAAACCAGAAAAUCUUUUAGCUGCAAGUACUGUGAGAAGGAAUAUGUAAGCCUUGGGGCCCUUAAAAUGCACAUCAGAAGCCACACACUGCCAUGUGUUUGCAAGAUCUGUGGCAAGGCUUUCUCCAGACCUUGGCUUCUGCAGGGACACAUCAGAACUCAUACAGGUGAGAAACCGUUUUCCUGUACACAUUGCAACCGAGCCUUCGCUGACCGAUCCAACCUAAGAGCUCACUUACAAACCCACUCAGAUGUUAAAAAAUACCAAUGUAAAAACUGCUCUCGGACUUUCUCCAGAAUGUCACUUCUCCACAAGCACGAAGAGACAGGAUGUUCAGGGAGUCACUAAACCCCCCCAGCACAAGAGGACUUUUUCAAACACUAUUCUUUAUGUAGGAUCAUGAUCUUCCAUUGACUUUGCUAUCUUUAAUUAGCAAGGUUACCUCGAUCACUAAGUUUUUUGGAGGGCCUUAUACAUACUGACACUUUUAAAUACACUUAUAAAGCUCUGAAGUGACUUGAGUUGGUCCCUAAAGUCAUGGAAAGGGUUGCCAUCCAUCCUUAAGUGCCUUAUUGCAUAAUCACAGGUGCUACACUAAUUUUGAAUAACUGCACAAAUACCCCAUUUUGCUCAAUGUGACUUUUUUUUUUAAAGAGUAGAAUGGCUUUAUGUAUUUGAAAUUUUAUAUAUGGCUAAAUCAUUACAUUCUGUGGUUCGAGCAAUUACAAAUAUUUUUUAUUAUUUACAGUAAACACAGAAUUAAAGUGAACAGCAGAGACUGUACCCUAUAUUUUUUAUGAAGGAAAAAAAAAGUGUUUUUAUAUUGUGAUUGUGUAUAUAUAUAUAUAUAUAUAUAUAUAUAUGCAAUAUUUUGCAAGCUGAAAGUGUAACUAUGUAUAUUAUUUGUUGGGCAGCUGCUUUAUUACAACACAAAGACAAUUUGCAGGGCCUUUACAUUUUAACAAUGAUCAUUAAAGCCAUCGGUCAUCACUUUUAUACAACUAUCCUGUUUACAGAGCAGCUAUGCACUCAAACACCUGUUAAUUACAUUUAACAACUGCUUUUCAAGCAAACUCAGUAAGAGCAAGCAGUUGUCAUUUGAUACAAUAGUUGGCUGUGAAAAGCAAAGUGUCCCAAAUGACACUAUUUCUGGUUAUAGACAGGUGUCAAAUGAAUGCAUCAUUUCUUCCAUUAUUUUAUGUCUACAUAAUCUUAACAAUGAAUGUUUACAUUUCAAAGGUACACUGGUAUUUAUAUUUUUUUCUAUGUGCCACAUUUUGUACUGAUGAAACUUUUUAUACACAAUUUAUUGAUAUUCAAUAAAAUUUAAUUUAUAUAA